UGAUUUCGGUCAGUUACAAAAACACGUCACGCGAUUGAAGAGCUCUUGACUACGUGGUGCUGUGGAGUGUUGUGAGUUGGACGAUAUUGUGAAGUUUGUUAUUAAUAUUUAAAAUCAAAAAUGGUUAACACUCAACGAAUGCGUAUUGCUAACGAAAAAGCAAGCAAAAAUGUCACCCAGAGAGGAAAUGUACCGAAAACAACGAAAGCACAAGAUGAAAAGUAUGCCGUUGGACCCUGGCUUUUAGGCUUAUUUAUCUUUGUUGUUUGUGGCUCUGCGGUAUUUCAACUGAUACAAAGUAUAAGGUUUGGAUAACAAACUCCAGUGGAGAACCAGCAGUAAAUUCCAUGAAGAAUGGACCAGGAAUCUUUAUACAAAUGUUUACAUAUAUCUCUCCAAACACAGCACUUUAAAUAAAUUUUUUUUUGUAAAAGAAAAAUUUCUUGAAUUUUAUUUCAUUCCAUUCCAUUGCAUUUAAAAGGUGUUGUUAUGUGUUAUGGCUGUAAAAGAGUGUAAAGAUAUUGCAUGAUCCUGUGUAUGUUAAAAGCGUUUUGUAUUUUGAUGUUAAUUCUUCUGUGUGCCAAUACUUAGAAGAAAAUAUGUUAUGCUGAAAAUAAAUCAAAUCUAAUAACUUGCCUUAUGUACAGUGAAUAUAACUCUUUAAUCUGAUUCUUUCCUUAAAAAUGUAAUAGAGAGAAAUUUUAAAAUCAUUUCCGUAAUAUGUCUGCGAGCUUUAAAAUAAAAUAUUAAUAAAUUUGUAUUUAUGUUAUAGCAUGACGUGUUCUUGAAAAAAAAAAAUAGCUUUUAAUAAGAUUUUUCAUUAAAUUUCUCACUCUACAAAGUACAAUGUUUCUUUGUGAAUAAAAGAUUUUUUUAUUCUGA